AGUUGGAAAGUGGCCUUGUGGAGUUUGCAGGAAAAGGGUUGGUAGUAUAACUCAAUUUUUUGUCAGACUUGCAAGCAUUGGGUACAUAAGAAGUGCAGUAGUAUUGGUGGAAGGUUAAGAGCUGACAUCCAGUGUUGCAAAGGUGAGAUUAUAGAGAAUGAAGUAUUUCCAGCUUCAAUGAGGUACAACAGUGGCUUGUUAGAGAUAGCUGAGAACUUCUGUUACUUAGGUGAUAUGUUGGGCAGUGAAUGGGGUGUUGGAAGAAGUGUACCUUGCAGGAUAGGUUCUGCUUGGAAAAAGUUCAGCGAGUUACUUCCUUUGUUGACUAGCAGAGUCUUGUCAAUUGAGUUAAAAGGUAGGUUGUAUGAGGCCUGUGUAAGAAGUGUUAUGUUGUACGGUAGUGAGACAUGGGCAGUGAAGCAGGAAGAUCUUGACCGUUUAGAAAGGAGUGAUAUGAGAAUGGUUAGGUGGAUGUUUAAUGCCAGUCUGAGAGACAGAGAGAGUUCAGAUGAGCUAAUAAGCAGGCUAAGUCUCCGUAGAAUUAAAGAUGUUAUCCAGAUAAGAAGAUUGAAUUGGCUAGGGCACUAGGAAAGAAUGUAGGGAGAUAGUUAGGUAAGAAAGUGUAGAGACUUUAUAGUUCCUGGGGCAAAGUCCAGAGGCAGACCGAGAAAGACUUGGCAGGAGGUUAUAAGGACAGACUUGAUACAGAGGAAGUUGAGUUUAGAUCUAACACAGUCUAGAUCAGAUUGGAAGAGGGUCAUUAAUAUACCCCAUCCAACCCAUGCUAGCAUAGGAAACCAACGUUAAGCCGAGAAUGAUGAUGAUGAUGAUGGGGAAGCAUACUCAUUACCAAUGAAUUUCACUAAUACAGUUUGAGUUAAAAAUUUCAAUGUGGAAGAUGAUUUUUGAUCUUCUAACAGCUGACAUCAGAGCAUUCAAGGUGAAGAAAUUUAUUAAACAACGGAUUUUUACCUAGUGUCGGAGGUGAAUUUUUGAGUCUUUGAAUAGGUAUUAAGUGCGAAUUAAGGAGAAUAAACUUUAUAUUUGUAAAUCACGUAUGAAUAUAGGCCAAUUUAUGUCAACUUAAUUUUUCUUGGGAGGUAAGCUUUAACAAAAAGGAUCUAAGGAUGAGAACACUUGGAAACAAUCAACAGUGCAAUCAACAAUUUGUCUUUUCCCUCUCUGCGAUCCUUUUUUGGCUGUUUUUAAACAAUCUACAGAGAUCUCUUUGCUUUCUACGAUCUGUUUUCAUGAUUUUUAAACAAUCUAUGGCAAUCUUUUUGCCUUCUACGAUUCUAUUUUGACUUUGGUGGUCUUUUCCAUUUCUACAAUCCUGUUUUGACUAUUUUAAACAAUUUACAGCGAUCUUUUCCCCUUCAACAAUUUUGUUUUGACUGUUUUUAAACAAUCUAUGCCAAUCUUUUUGCUUUCUACAAUCUAUAUCUUCUUUUGUUAUUUUGUGACUAAGAAUUCAGAUAUUUACAUAAUUUGAUAGUUAAAUUUCUUUAGAAAUCGGCGAUGUGUGAUAAACAUGUGUCAUAUUUAAAGCGAUUUUGAAACUAUUUGAACUGAAACGAAUUCAACGUAGCAAUUUGAAACUAUGUUAAAAUGAUUUUUUGGAACAAUGUUUUUAAAAUUUGUUUCAGAAUCGUAUAGAGAUCGUUUUACGAAUUGAAAGUAUUAUUUUUUAAACAUUCGUGCAGACGAUUCCUUAGUAGGAAUAAGGAAAGCCCUGGUCAGGAAGAGAUAUAUUUAGAUUUUGGUUGUCUGUCGGAGUUAUUGUAUGGGGAUGAUUUAAUUCUUAUAGGUGGAAUCGAUGAAAGAAUUAGUUGAAAAGUUUGAGAAGUGAAAGAAAGGGUUAAGAGUGGAUUCUGUUACUUAGGUGAUAUGUUUUACUUGCGUUGUGAGAAAGUUUAGCAAAUUCAACAAAUUUUUAACUAUAUGAGUGAUCUGUUUGCCUACCACACAGAUUUUAUAGCUAAAAGAGCUUAUAAAAUGUUGUAAUUUGCAUAUGACCAGUCUACAAAAACUAGUUUCCAUGUAACUUAAAAGUAGCAUUUGUUUAUCAUUGUGAAGAAAAUGUUUGUUUUGCAAAAAAGGCAAGUUAAUAGGAACCAUGGUUUAUGAAUAUACAAAAUAGAAUUGAAAAAUAUCGAAAAUGUAUGCUAGCUAAUUCAAAAAAAAAACAAAAAUAAAAUAGGAAAAUAAAAUGUUAAUAAUAUAUGCAUAAAUGUAAUUAAUAUUAAUGUAGGUAUUGUGAAUGUUGUAAUUAGAAAUUCACAUAUCACUUUACUUUGGAAGAAUAACAGCUUGUCUGCAUUAUGUCAUCGCAUUAAACACCAAAAUGACUAACAUGAUGGAAGAUUUUAUUGAUGAAUUUAUGGCUAAACCUGACAAAACAAAGCAGGAAGUUGUUGAAAACGAUAUAAGUAUUGAAAAUGUUGAUAAUGUAGAAGCAACACCUUUCAUACCGGAUGGUACAGAAUUAAUUACAAUCAUUCCAGACCCAAGCCCUGCAAUAUCGACUGAUGAAAUGUUGCCAGAUCAGAUGAAAGAAACAAUAGAACAUCAUCUCCAAAGAAGUAGCUCUGUCUAUGCUCUAAAUUAUCAGAUUGAAAACAAUAAAAUCUUAAUUCAAAAUUUGAAAAGCUCAAUCGUAUCCUUAAAAGUUUCGACAUCGAGGAUAGAACGAGAUGUGAAGGAGCUAUCAACAACUGUAGGAAAGUACAACAAUGAUAAGACGCAGUUGACGACUUCUUUAGUUGAUCUGGAGUUUCGAUUCAACGAACUUGUCACAAAACAAGAAGAAACGGAUGGUAACCUUUCUAUGCAAGAUAUUGAAACUGCUGGUAUCGAUGCAAACAUCAAAGACAUUGUUGCGCAGAUCGAGGGAAAAAUCCAAAAGCUUGAUGCUAAACUUGCUUUCAUAGACGAGCAGAAUCAAAAAAUCACAGCUUUGAGUCGAAAUAUUCAACAAAAUGAGAAAAUGGUAAAGGAGAUACAAGGAACGUUAAGUUUUCAUGCUAAAGAAUUGAUUAAGCUGGAAGAUUUUCAAAAAUUACCAGGACAUCAAAGUGUUAGCAAAGAAGAAAAACCUGCACUCAUUUCUGCGGGACAAAAUAACAGCAACGCACUAGAAAAACUUGUUAAUGAAUUUAUUGCGAAAACUGAGCUGAAUGAGAAACAGAUUGCUUCAGCAUGGGUUGGCUUGAUUGCUGCUCUGUUUCUAAUCCCUAUUGCGUAUAUCAUGGGAAGAUUCUUCUAAUGCAGUUCUGUGGCAUCUGAUGUUACCAUUUUUAAAUGAGUGACUGUGAAAUUGGGUUUUGUUUAAGAUGAUUUAAAUGUAUUUGGAGAUGAAACUUCUGAUUUCUGUUCAGUUUUGCACCUUUAUAUUAAGUUUGUAAGGUGAAGUAAAAAUAUCUCAUGCAUGUAUUUUUAUUAUCUCUUCUUAUUUUUAACCUGUUUAUAUUAUUUAUAUUAAUAUUAGAUAUUAUUUAAAAUUGGUAUUAAAAGGGAUUGUUGUCUGCUCUUCUUUUUGUGCGCACUUUAAGUCACUGACUUUUGUAUGAGUUAUACUAAAAAAGGACUUUUCAUGUGAGCAUUGUGGUACAUUUAAAAAUUCCUUAACAGUGAAUGUAAAAGUGCUUUUGAUUGCAUCCUUGCAUUGUUCUGUUAAUGAGUUUGUUAUCAGCGAGAAAGGUUAGCUAGAACAGUCUUAUCAAAGAAAUUUAUAUUUUAUUUCGGAUUAUUUCGGAUUAUUUCGGAUUGAUGUUGACAUACUAUAUUUCUUGUGGUGUGAUUGUUCUGUUUAUCAUUUUAUGGAGAUUUUAUUUGUACAUGAAUAUUUUUAUUGCGUUCAGAAGAUUCAUUCGAUAUAAAAAAAAAGAACAUAAAUAUUUGUAAUUUUAUUCGGUAUGACCAAAUUGUAUUUAUAUAUGUGUGUGAUAUUUAAUAUUUUUAUCAAUUGUUUUGUUGUGUUAUUGUUAGUUCGUUGUUGUUGUUUUUGAUUUUAUUUGUUUUGUUAAUACGAACUUUUGUUUGGAUCAGCUAAUGAAUAAUUUUGAGCGGGGACUAUUUGUGUAUACAAUUUACCCUCUCUUUAAGAGGCAUCUUAUAUAACGGACAUCUCUCUACAACGAGCACUUUCUCAAGAACAGAUAAAAAGGCAGUUCUCAUAACAAAUCCUCUAUGUUGUGGGCACUUUAUAGAGGCCACCUUAAAGUUAAAAUCUACUUCAUCCCCAAGAACUGAACACAUAGCGGAAACGCCCGAAAUGAGUGAUGUAUAACACUUAAUUUAAGAUGUUCAUCUACAAUUUUUUAAGAGAAUAUUUGUUUUUCUUUGAUGUUAUUAAAAAAUACAAAGAGUUUUUUAUAGCAUUCGCUAAGAGAAAGCAAAAUCUAUUUCUAUUUCAUUCUAAUGUUAGGGUUUUUAGGGAAAUCAAAGGAAAAGAAAAACUGGAAAUGUUCACGGAAUCUGAUUUUGUGUUUGUUCUUCAAAUUGUAUUGUUUGUGAUUUGUAAUAUUGUUUGUGGUGUAAGCUUGUAUUAGAAAUGUUUAAAAAUGUUGAUUGAUCUAGAAUAUAAAAAUGGCGGUGAUAAA